UUAUACAAAAGAACGUUCUCCAACAACUUGAGUCUCUUUUAGUUAUUUGAUUAUUACGUGAAUCGUGUUUCAGUGCAAUAUAACACAUAGUCGGUGCGCACAGUGACUUUUUCCUUUACUUCUCUUCAUUUUUCAAAACAUAUAAUUUUCUCUACGUUCUCCAUAUAAUAAUGUCAUUAAUUAACAAUCACAAUUCAUCCAAGAUGUUAUUAAUCCAUCCAACGGAGGAAAUGUCAAAAAUGAUCAGACAGGAAUUAAAUGAAAAUGUUGAAACACGAGACAAGGAUUUACAAACUAUCAAAGAAUGGCUUUCGAAACAACCACAUUUACCUGAAUUGAAUGAUGAAGACGACAAUUUACUAAUGACAUUUCUACGAGGGUGCAAAUUUUCCUUAGAAAAAUGUAAAAGAAAAUUAGAUAUGUAUUUUACAAUGCGAACACAUGUACCAGAAUUUUUCACCAAAAGAAGUAUUUCAAAUCCAAACAUGAAGGAAAUAUUGUCAGCUAUUCAAGUUCCCCCCUUACCUGGACUCACAGAGAAUGGACGUCGUGUAAUUGUCAUGAGAGGAUUGGAUAAAAAUCGUCCAACACCGAAUGUUGCCGAAGCAAUGAAAUUGGUCCUAAUGAUUGGUGACGCAAGACUGAAAGACGAAAUUGUCGGCGUUGCUGGUGAUGUUUAUAUUUUAGAUGCCAAUGUCGUGACACCGAAUCAUUUUGCCAAAUUUACGCCAGCGCUUGUGAAAAAAUUUCUCAUCUGUGUGCAAGAAGCUUAUCCCGUGAAAUUGAAGGAAAUUCACGUCAUCAAUGUCAGCCCACUAGUGGAUAGUAUUAUUAAUUUUGUAAAACCAUUUCUUAAGGAGAAAAUCCGAAACAGAAUAUUUGUGCACAGCACAAUGGAAACACUUUAUCAGUGUAUUCCAAAGGAUAUGCUGCCAAUGGAAUACGGAGGCAAAGCUGGUCCAAUAAAGGACAUUUUCGAUUUAUGGAUAAAAAGAUUAGAAGAAUACGAAUUAUGGUUCAAAGAACAAGAAUCACUGAAAGCUGACGAGGCACAACGACCAGGAAAGCCAAAAACAUACAACGAUUUAUUUGGUCUCGAUGGAUCAUUUAGAAAAUUACAAAUUGACUGAGAAACAUAUUUAUUCAUUCAAAAAAAAAAUAGAACAUUUCGCCAACAUUGUUCUUAAAUUCCUUAAUUAUCUAAUGUUCAAAAUCUUGUCUUUCGAAUUCAAGUUAGUAAAUUCUAAAUCACCUUGCACAUAAAUAUAAUUUGAAUUUGAAGGCAUAAUGGUGGACAAUGUGAUUUCCAAAAUUUUAAUUGCGAAAAAACGAUUUCUGUUAUUUUCUAGAUUCCAAAGUUUGGUUUAACAUUUUUUUUUUUUAAUUAUAAAAAUAAGUUUUCGGAAAUAAAAAUUAUUCAAAAGAAUCAAAAAUAACGAUUUAAUUUAUUACUUUGUCAAAACUGUUCAGAUUUCAAGUAACUCUGACUAGGUAUCUCGGACGACAAUAUGAUUAAUCUGUUGUUAAUAAUUAAAGUCCGUCUGUUACUGAAAACGGUAUUAAUAUUUAAUGAUGAAUAAUAUGUUAGAAAGAUUGAAAAUUAAUGGGUGACUUGGGAGUAGAUUUGAUGAUAAUUUAAAAUGUCAUUUCAAACAUCUAAAAAAUUAAUUUUCGGGGCGCAUGAUUAUUCCCCAAAAUGUCAUUUUA